AUGAAAUCGACAUUUGCCUGGGGCAGGAGUGAGCCUGUCAGAUUCCGUCUCCAUUAGACCCUCCACCCACGGGAGCGGGGGAUUGCGCCAGCAUUUUAUUUAUUUAUUUAUUUAUUUAUUUAUUUAUUUAUUUAGGUAUCUCCGGAACCAGAAAGCAAAAGUCGGUGAAAGGCCGGGAAAGCUGCGCACAUCCAGCAGACGGCCCAGAAGCGAGGCCGGAGCGGGGCUUCCCGGCCACUUGCUCCUCACCUCCGGGGACUUCCAGGGUCUUCCUCGCCCCCCACCCCCUCCCCGCUUCGCCCCGAGGGCGUCACGUGGCGGCGUGGGGCCCGCCUCCGCUGACGUCACCGCGCUCGCAGCCGUCGCGCCGAAGAAAGGAUGCUCUAGGAUGCUGUGCAGGUGGGCGGCGGGGAUGCGCCAUGCGGCACUGCAGGUGUAACUAGCAUGGUCAAUGCAGGAGCGAUGAGCGGCUCUGGAAACCUGAUGGAUUUCCUCGAUGAGCCAUUCCCUGAUGUGGGGACGUAUGAGGACUUCCACACCAUCGACUGGCUGCGGGAAAAGUCCCGGGACACCGACAGACACAGGAAGAUAACCAGCAAAAGCAAGGAGUCCAUAUGGGAGUUCAUCAAGAGUUUGCUGGAUGCCUGGUCAGGCUGGGUGGUGAUGCUGCUCAUCGGCCUGCUGGCGGGCACCUUGGCUGGGGUCAUCGAUCUCGCCGUCGACUGGAUGACCGACUUGAAGGAGGGGGUCUGCCUGUCUGCCUUCUGGUACAGCCACGAGCAGUGCUGCUGGACUUCCAACGAGACCACUUUUGAGGACAGGGACAAGUGUCCCCUGUGGCAGAAAUGGUCGGAGCUGCUGGUGAAUCAGUCGGAGGGUGCCAGUGCUUACAUUCUGAAUUACCUCAUGUACAUCCUGUGGGCAUUGCUGUUCGCCUUUUUGGCCGUCUCCCUGGUGCGCGUAUUUGCACCAUAUGCCUGUGGCUCGGGUAUACCAGAGAUAAAGACCAUUUUGAGCGGCUUUAUCAUCAGGGGCUACUUGGGGAAGUGGACCCUGCUGAUCAAGACCGUCACCCUGGUGCUGGUGGUGUCCUCCGGCCUGAGCCUGGGGAAAGAAGGGCCGCUGGUACAUGUGGCUUGCUGCUGUGGCAACUUCUUCAGCAGCCUUUUCUCCAAGUACAGCAAGAACGAGGGCAAGAGGCGCGAGGUGCUCUCCGCCGCCGCCGCUGCCGGAGUCUCCGUGGCCUUUGGGGCUCCAAUCGGGGGUGUGCUCUUCAGUCUUGAGGAGGUCAGUUACUACUUUCCCUUGAAGACCCUGUGGAGGUCCUUUUUCGCGGCCCUGGUGGCAGCCUUCACGCUACGAUCCAUCAAUCCCUUUGGGAACAGCCGUCUCGUUCUCUUUUACGUGGAAUACCACACGCCCUGGUAUAUGGCCGAGCUCUUCCCCUUCAUCCUCCUCGGGGUCUUUGGAGGCUUGUGGGGAACCCUCUUCAUCCGCUGCAACAUCGCCUGGUGCAGGAGGCGCAAAACCACCAAGCUGGGCAAGUACCCAGUGCUGGAGGUCAUCGUGGUGACCGCCAUCACGGCCAUCAGCGCCUACCCCAACCCCUACACGCGCCGGAGCACGAGUGAGCUCAUUUCCGAGCUAUUCAAUGACUGCGGCGCCCUCGAGUCCUCCCAGCUCUGUGACUACAUCAAUGACCCCAACAUGACCCGGCCUGUGGAUGACAUCCCGGACCGGCCGGCCGGCGUCGGGGUUUACACGGCCAUGUGGCAGCUGGCCCUGGCGCUGAUCUUCAAAAUCGUCAUUACCAUCUUUACGUUUGGCAUGAAGAUCCCCUCAGGCCUCUUCAUCCCCAGCAUGGCCGUGGGAGCCAUGGCGGGCAGGAUGGUGGGGAUCGGCGUGGAGCAGCUUGCUUACCAUCACCAUGACUGGAUCGUCUUCAGGAACUGGUGCAGGCCCGGAGCAGACUGUGUCACCCCCGGACUUUAUGCCAUGGUGGGAGCUGCGGCCUGCCUAGGUGGAGUUACCCGGAUGACGGUGUCAUUGGUGGUCAUCAUGUUUGAAUUAACGGGCGGUCUGGAGUACAUUGUGCCCUUGAUGGCGGCAGCCGUGACCAGCAAGUGGGUGGCCGAUGCCUUUGGGAAAGAAGGCAUCUACGAGGCUCAUAUCCACUUAAAUGGGUACCCAUUUCUGGACGUGAAGGAUGAGUUCACCCACCGCACACUGGCCACCGACGUCAUGCGGCCACGGCGGGGCGAGCCGCCUCUGUCCGUGCUCACCCAGGACAGCAUGACCGUGGAGGACGUGGAGACGCUCAUCAAGGAGACCGACUACAACGGCUUCCCUGUGGUGGUCUCCAGGGACUCCGAGCGCCUCAUUGGGUUUGCCCAGAGGAGGGAACUGAUUCUCGCGAUAAAGAAUGCCAGACAGAGGCAGGAGGGCAUCGUGAGCAAUUCCAUCAUGUACUUCACGGAGGAGCCCCCUGAGCUGCCGGCCAACAGCCCGCACCCCCUGAAGCUGCGGCGCGUCCUCAACCUCAGCCCGUUCACGGUCACGGACCACACCCCCAUGGAGACGGUGGUGGACAUCUUCCGGAAGCUGGGGCUCCGGCAGUGCCUGGUGACACGGAGUGGGAGACUUCUUGGCAUCAUCACGAAAAAGGAUGUUUUGAGACAUAUGGCCCAGAUGGCAAACCAGGACCCUGAAUCCAUCAUGUUUAAUUAGAAACAAGCCUAGCGUUUUGCUUCUCCAUCAGUUUCCGAACCAACAUCCAGGGUCUCCUGCAGUGACAGAGUAUGAAGAAAUCAUUUAUCUGUGCAAGACCAGCAUCUCGGGACUGCAUAAUGAACUAUUGGCGUGUUUCGUGCUGCCCAUAUUUCCUCCCAUGCAGAGGGACUCGUGCUGAUUUGGAGGGUAUACACACCUGCUUGUUGUGUUGCAGAUGUGUUGCAUGUGCCUCACCUGUUUAUUGCUGUUGCCCGUGCAUUCCUAAAUAUUGAGCAGUCCAGCACUUUCCAUGGGCCAUAUCCUAUAUGCUGCCAGCUUGUCGUAAGUGUGCUUUUAAUUUCCAAAUAGCGUACGUGAGGGUCAAAACAGGCCACCCGGUGUUACUUCUUAUUUUUCCUUUCAGAUCUUAUUAAAUAUGGCUGCAGAGAGGGUGAGGCAUACGAAGUCUCAGUGGGAACUCCUCCAAAUGGAUUGUAAGAGAAAUACUAAAUUGAUUCUAAAUCUGUUCCAUUAUCUUCUCCGUAGGAUGCAAAACGUCCAGCAUUAAUGUCUAAGCGUGCACUUUCAUGCUUGUACGCAGAGCACAGAAGGGCAGAGUUAAAUCGUAGACAGCAAGUUUGAGCACUGGGCACCUUUGUAUUGAACUUAUGGUGCAUUUAUCUCUUUAGUCAGGACUUUGGUCUUUUCUGGGAGAAGGCACAUAGCUGUGGUUUAGGUCCAUGGUGUGAUCUGUGUGAGUAUGAUUGCUCCCACUUUCCCCCUCACAUCAGUCUUGGCUCUUCCCAGCUCACUGGGAGGCCCUCACCCUUUGCAGCCUUGUUACCAGAUAUUGACGUAGCAGGUGUGCGUUUGGCGGCAAAUAACAGAAAAAUCCAACAGACAGUGGAGAGUUGAAUGAGAAACCCGGGGGUCGGGCACUCUCGGCUCUCUCCGUAUUAUCAUCAAGGAUUCAUGCCCUUUGGUAUUGUUUCCUGCCAUCCUUUGUCCUCUGGCUCAUUGCCUCUGAGCCAGCCACAAGGUGGUUCCUGAGCUGCCAGGUAGGAUGUCCGCUUCUUAGACAGGAAGAGGGAGGAAGAGACCCGUGCCAAGGUGCAGUGCCCGUAUCAGGAAAGCAAAACUUUCCCGGAGAUGCUCAGCUUACAUCUAUUGGCUAGAAUUCUGUCACAUGACUCCCCCUAGCUGCAUGUGAAUGUGGGAAGGAAGGUUUUUAGCUAGACAUACUAGUCUCUGAACGAAAUUUAGAUUCUCUUAAUAAGGAAGGGGCGUCGGUCCUGGGGAGGGAAUGCUGUCCGCUGGAUUGGGUGCCUGUUGUCGUCCUUCCUGUCCCCCUUACCCUCUUUCUUGCUAAACCCUCUAGACACUCUCUUCUCACCUCAUAGUUUCCCACCCCUUCUGUCAGAUUUGACCUAGAACUGCCAGUCAGAAGCCAUCAUUUCUUAGCCCUAAUAAAAACCUAGAAACUUCUAGUCGGCAUAAGAAAAUGUACUGACAUGUUCUCUGGGUUAAAAAAGUUAAGUCAGCUCAUGCUGGCUCCUCCAAACUAAUAUCGAAUAGCCACUUCAUCGUGGAAAUACCAGUCAGUGGUAGAGAAUUCAAUCUUCGUGUCUCGUUCGCGGCAUGUAAGUAUCGAGUAACAGAUCCUAAUAUUAGUGUUGUUACCGGGGUUUCCAUGGAACACAUGCAAGUGAAGCUGGAUUCUUCUGGACUUUAAAUCCUAAACGGUCUUAAAGAUUGCUUCCUGUAGUUCCCUCUUACUUCCACGUGGCCUCCCAAAAGACCGUUAGUCAUAGCCUGGAUUUAUAUAAUCCAGGACGCCCUUUUAGCUGAAAUAAGGAGCUUCGGAAGGGAACACGAAACAAGUGAACAGAUGGCCAAAGGUCAGUGAAACCACAGAAUUUCCUCCUCCUCCAGCCAAGACCAUGGAAGGAUGAAGGGACAGUUUACUCCGGGCCAAGGUCGCCGAGGGGCGUUGUGUUGUGUCCUCCCCAGUGCCUAGUGUAGAGGAGUCCACAGGCUCACGGGAAACCACUGGGAGUGCUCCUUGACUCAGAUAGCCUUGUUUUCCUUCAUAUAAGUCGAACCUCUCAUUUGUUGUGGGGUUCGGGCUCUUGGCGACAGAAGGCCGGGGUCAGACAGGUAGGUGAAGGUCAAGGAUGGGGGAGUUGAUUGCCGGCCUGGGGUCCCAGACAAAACUCGAUGGGGGACUGGUUCCCAAGCUCUUUGUCACUCUUUCUUGUGAAAGUUUGCGGGUAGGGAUUUUGAAGGUAUUUGCUGUAUCCAGAUGUAGAACUUCGUCCACUUUACGUGGUGAUUUGAUGAGCAAGAGGAGUAGAACUGAGAUGUGGAAGUAAAAUAAACAUUUCUCGGAAUAAUGUGUUUUUAUCUUUUUCCAGAACCAAAGCCUUUAGGCCUUUGUAGAACUUUCUGGAUUCUUUCUGAGUCAGUGUUUUAUGUAAAUAAACAUAAAUGAAGAAUGGAAAAGGAGUUCUCUGACGAGGCACAUCAACCUGUUGCUUGUUCUCCCUCUCUGCUACGAAGGAAAUGCAUUGUAGAAGGGACAGCCACCAAAUAAAGCGUAUCCCGAAAGGGACAUUCAAAUUUCUUGCGUUUUUCAGCGCAUCCCCUGGGACUGCAGAUGUGCACAUGGCAUUCAUGGAAAGAUAAAUGUGUUAGGAGCAAAUCACUAUUCCGUGUUUGCUGUUACUCACCACCAGGCAAUCUCCAAGUCCUCUAUUUAGUACUUCCCAAAAACCUUACAAAGGAGAAGACAUCUCAGUAGAUCUAUUUUUGGCCCUAAGAAGUCCCAGAGACUCGCAAAAUUUGUUUCGCUUAGGUGAGAACUGGUUACUUUACAUUAUCAACAUGUGCAAAUCUGCUCUGUGCUCAUUAUCAGAUGCCGAGCUGGAAGCGAUGAGAGACGCAAGGAGGAGCACUACCGAGUUACAUAAUUGUAAUAGUACGCCUUCCUUCUCAUUUCACGUGGGCAGGGUUUUAUCGCCCUCCACUCCGAGCCUUUGAAAUGAUUUACAUGGGGGGGCGGGUGGUGGUGGGGAGGAGCAUGUGUAUCUAACUUGGGAACAUUAACCAGACUCCAUUUUCACCGGUGCAGUAAUAACUAUUUAUUUGCCGUCCUAGGUGUGCUGGGAAUGAGCCUACAUGCGACUUUUAUGAGAUCUAUUCGCAUUUGGUGUUGGAACAACCACACAGCAAUGUGGUUUUUUUUUUUUUUUAAUUGUAACCUUCUGUGUAAACGUUGGCACCUUAUUAAAAAUUAAAUGUUUGAACUUUACUUUUAAAA